UUUAAGGAAGAAGUGUCGUUUUCCGGCAAACACAUUUUCAUCAGUUUCUCAAGCCGCAUUAUGUAUCGUAGAAAGAUUCUGCGAUUUAAAAAGGAGGAUAAGUCACAGCUGAUUGCUGCAGUUAGGUUUCGGCGUCUACUCUGGGACGUGACGGAUAAAGAGCACAAUGAUCUUACAAGCUUGAAGGCGGCUUGGAUGUCCGUGGGUGCUGAGAUGGGCAGAGAUCCGCACGAAUGCAAGGUUGGUUGGCGUUCAUUGCGGCAGUGUUAUCGUUACCAUUGCAAGACGGCGCACAGCCGUUCCAAGAUGGAUGGUGACGAUAUUGAGGCUGAAGCCGAUCCCCUAGAAACUCCACACAUUAAAUGGGAGUUCGCCGAUGAUAUGGCAUUCUUACAGGAAUUGUCAAAGAAAAAAAGCUCGGAUUUUGAAAGUUUCGACGAAACUCCUGCUCCCAACUCGCCAUUGGAAGAUGAUACGGAAUAUACCGAUACAGAAUACUUGGAAGGCGCAUAUGACGAGAAUAAUGGCAUUGUCAAUGACGAUGUAGAUGCCAAUGACACCAUUGACGAUGAAGUCGAAGACGAUGUCAGUAUUUUUAAACUAAAAGUCGCAUAUGGGAAGAAACCAAAGAACAUAAUGAAAGAUGACGUUUGCAGAACAUGCGCGCAGCCGAUUGAAUCUACCACAGCACAGAAUUUAUUUAAUUCAGAAAAUGAUAUUCUGCUGCAAGUUAAAAUGGUGACAGAACUGGUUCUAAAUCGAGAAGAAGACCUUUCGGACUUUAUUUGCCAACAAUGCCUGCAAAAUCUAGAAAUUGCAGUAGAGUUUCGCAGAGUUUGCAUUGAGGCACAAUCACAACUCCUCCUCCAAGUACAGUUCAAGGAGGAGGCGGAACAAGAAAUACUAACAUAUCCAGAGUCACCUACACAGCACAUCAUUCGCAGUACAGACUUAGACAUGGAAGAUGAACAACUGGAAGACUUUGUCAAUUCAGAUAAUGAGAACUAUUACGAAGAAAAGGUGGAAAUACAGCCGCUACCAACGGCAACACCAUCAGCACUAAUCAGGAAAAAGUAUAAAAGGGAGCCGAGAAAUCAGAAAUACCAGUGUCAUCAGUGUGGAUUGACAUUUACCAAUCAAGAUCAACUGAAGAUGCACAUGCAUCAGGUGCAUGACGUGCAGCUCCAAACUAGAUUUGUGUGCAAGCAUUGCGGACAUGAUUUUAAAUAUUCUGCUCCACUCGUUGACCACCUAAAGAGCAUCGGAGUACAUUUUGGACACAGCUGCGAGGAGUGUGGGCAGAACUUCCACAGCAGGCACUUUCUCAAGAAGCAUAAGAGACGAAUUCAUGGGCUGGCGGACGAGCAUAUUUGCCACAUAUGUGGAAAAAAUUUCACCACUGGAUUUAAUCUACGCAAUCACAUUGUACGCCACACUGGCACUCGACCCCAUAAGUGCAAACUAUGCAGCGCAGCCUUUUGUACAAGUGGCGAACUGAAUCAUCAUAGGCGCACUCACGACAAUGUGCGUCCGUAUCCGUGUCGUUAUGCUUGUGGCAAAACAUUUCGCCACUGCAGCAAUCGCAGUACGCACGAGAGAAUACACAUGGCUGGUAAUCUGCGUCCAUUCCAAUGCGAAUAUUGUGAUAAAACUUUUGUGACGAAAGGCGACUGCAGAGCCCAUCAAAUGAUUCACACAAUGAGCCGUGAUUUUAGCUGUGACGUUUGCCAGCAGAGUUUCAAGCUACAGAAACAUUAUCUGCAACACUUAACGACCAAGUCCCACAAAAGGGUCGAAGAUCAUGUUAAAGGAACGAAAAAGGGUGAUUAGUUGGAGCCGUGAUAUGUUUUAAAAAGUUAUCAUUUGAGAUUCUCUGAACAAUGCGUUUUAUCAAACUUUAAGUCUUUAAAUAUUUGUAUACCUUGGAGAGAAUAUUAUAAUUUUGUCUUUCUUGUUUUAUUUUAAUGAAAUCUAUCUUU